AUGACAGAGAGUAGUUGGUCAAAGUCUGAACCACUUACAUUUAAAGAUGGACAGUCUUCCUCAAAAAAGUCAGAUCAUGGGGACGGAACCGAGUCUGCCAGUUCUCCAUCUAUCCAUAACAAUCCUCAAGACUUGGACUCCAUAUUUGCAUUACUUCAGGAGAACAUUAUAGCAUUUGUGAAGAAUGAACUGCAGAGGAUUCAGAGUGUUUUGAAUCAAGGAAACUCUGACUAUUUAGAGACUCAGAAGAAGCACGAGGAGGUGGAAGAUUUUGGUGAAGAAAAGCAGAUCAGGAUCAGGAGAACAGCUUUUCUUAAGAUCACACUGCAGUUCCUGAGGAGAAUGAAUCACAACGAACUAGCUGAGUCCCUCCAGAGCAAAACUAACACAAUGAACUGCCAGCGGAAAGUCAAAUGUAAUCUGAAGAAGAAAUUCCAGGUUUUGUUUGAGGGAGUUGCUAAAGCUGGAAAUCCAACGCUCCUCAAUGAGAUCUACACAGAGCUCUACAUCACAGAGGGAGAGACUGGAAAAGUCAAUGAUGAACAUGAAAUCAGACAAAUUGAAGCAGUAUUUAAGAAAACCGACACAACAGAAAAGACAAUCAAAUGUGAAGAUAUCUUUAAAACGUCAUCUGAAAGAGAUGGGCCGAUCAGAACAGUGCUGACAAACGGAGUGGCUGGCAUUGGGAAAACAGUCUUAACACAGAAAUACACUCUUGACUGGGCUGAAGACAAAGCCAAUCAGGACAUUCAGUUUAUAUUUCCAUUCACUUUCAGAGAGCUGAAUGUGCUGAAAGAGAAAAAGUUCAGCUUGAGGAAACUUCUUCAUCACUUCUUUUCUGAAACAAAAGGAGAAACCUACAAGUAUGACAAGCCCCAAGUUGUGUUCAUCUUUGACGGUCUGGAUGAGUGCCGCCUUCCUCUGGACUUUGAAAAAAAUAAAACCUUGACUAAUGUCAGAAAGUCGACUUCACUGGAUGUGCUGCUGACAAACCUCAUCAGUGGUAAACUCCUUCCCUCCGCUCGCCUCUGGAUAACCACACGACCUGCAGCAGCCAAUCAGAUCCCUCCUGAGUAUGUUCACAUGGUGACGGAGGUCAGAGGGUUUUCUGAUCCACAGAAGGAGGAGUAUUUCAGGAAGAGAUUCAGAGAUGAGCGACAGGCUAGCAUUGUCCUCAGCAAUAUCCAGACAUCGCGAAGCCUCCACAUCAUGUGCCACAUCCCAGUCUUCUGUUGGAUCACUGCUACAGUUCUGGAAGAUGUGCUGAAAACCAGAGAGGGAGGACAGCUGCCCAAGACCCUGACUGAAAUGUACAUCCACUUCCUGGUGGUUCAGGCCAAAGUGAAGAAGGUCAAGUAUGAUGGAGGAGCUGAGACAUAUCAAUACUGGAGGAAGAUGACUGAGGCUUUGGGAAAACUGGCUUUUGAGCAGCUUCAGAAAGGAAACCUGAUCUUCUAUGAAUCAGACCUGACAGAGUGUGGCAUCGAUAUCAGAGCAGCCUCAGUGUACUCAGGAGUUUUCACACAGAUCUUCAAAGAGGAGAAAGGACUGUAUCAGGAAAAGUUGUUCUGCUUCAUCCAUCUGAGCGUUCAGGAGUUUCUGGCUGCUCUUCAUGUCCAUCUGACCUUCAUCAACUCUGGAGUCAAUCUGCUUUCUGAUGCACAAUCUAAAUCCAAGUUGUCCGAACUGUUAUUUAAGGACAACGCAGCUACAAAGUUUUACCAGACUGCUGUGGACAAAGCCUUGCAGAGCCCAAAUGGACACCUAGAUCUCUUCCUCCGUUUCCUCUUGGGUCUUUCACUGGAAACCAACCAGAGUCUCCUGCAAGGUUUGCCAAGGCAGGAAGAAAGUUGCUCAAAACCUAAACAGAAAACGAUCCAAUACAUCAAAAAGAUGAUAACAAAAGUCUCUUCACAGAGAAGCAUCAAUCUGUUUUACUGUCUGAAUGAACUGAAUGACAGUUCUCUAGUGGAGGAAAUUCAAAAAUCACUGAGGUCAGGAAGACUCUCCACAAAUGAACUAUCACCUGCUCAUUGGUCAGCACUGGUCUUCAUCCUACUGUCAUCUGAAGAAAAUUUGGAUGUGUUUGAUCUAAAGAAAUACUCUGCUUCAGAGGAGGCUGUUCUGAGGCUACUGCCAGUGGUCAAAACCUCCAGCACAGCUCUACUAAGUGACUGUAAACUGACAGAGAGAAGCUGCUUAUUUCUGGCAAACGUUUUUCACUCCCCAUUGUGUAAUUUGAUUGAACUAGACCUUAGUAACAACAACCUCCAAGAUUCAGGAGUGAUCUCACUCUGUGCUGGACUGCAGAAUCCAAACUGUCAACUGAAAACUCUCAGGUGUUUAAACUGCCUCACAAGUGCAUCCUGCCAGAUACUCUCAUCAGUCCUCAGCACCCAGUCCUCCAGUCUGAGAACUCUGUCCCUGAAUUACAAUCUGCUGCAGGAUUCAGGGGUGAAGCUGCUUUCUGUUGGCUUGUCCAGUCCACAGUGUCAACUCCAGAUUCUCAGGUUGUCUUUCUGUUUUCUAUCAUCGGCAAGUUGUGGUUUUCUGGCUUCAGUUUUCAGCAAUCAGCUUUCCAGCCUGAGAGAACUGGAUAUGAGCCACAAUAGUCUGUUGGAUUCAGGAGUCAAGCAGCUCUGUGUUGGUCUACAGAGUCGAUUCUGUGAACUGGAAACUCUCAGCCUGAGGAUCUGUGGGCUGACAGAGAAAAGCUGUGAAUUUCUGGGUUCACUUCUCAGCUCCAAGGCCUGUCAUCUGAAAGUGGUUAAUUUAAGUGCCAAUAAAUUGCUGGAUUCAGGAGUGAUGAGGCUUUCAGCUGGACUACAAAGUCCUGAUUGUCAAAUAAAAUCUCUCAGUCUGUCAGGCUGCUGGAUACGUGAGAAAGGAUGUGCUUCUCUGGCUUCAGCCCUCACAUCCAACCCCUUCAGCCUGAAGGAGCUGGACCUGAGCUACAAUCAUCCUGGUGACUUGGGAGCAAAACUGCUUUCUGCUAAACUGAAGGAUCCCCAAUGCAGCCUUGAGACUCUCAGGAUGGACUACUCAGGAGCAGAGGGUGCGAAGAAGGUUGCCUGCGGUCUCACACUGGACCCCGAUACAGCUCACAGGAACCUUGCUCUCUCUGCAGACAGAAAGGCAGUACUUGGGUCAAAACGACCAAUUUUACAUUCACGGUGGGAAGUAUUUCCUAGCAGUCCAGAGGUUUAUUAUAAGUGGGAGCAGGUGCUAUGUACACAGGGUCUCACUGGUUUACGUUUCUGGGAGGUAGAGUGGAAGGGAACUGUUUCCAUAGGUGUAACUUACAAAGCUGGACCCAACAAAGGUCCAGAUGAAUCCUGGCAUGGAGGAAAUGACAGAUCCUGGAUACUGCUCUGCAAAGAUAAUCAUUACUCAGCGUGGCACAAUUACAAAAUGACAAAAAUACGACUUCCUCGGCGUCCCGUUGGUUUUCAAAAAGUCGGAGUUUUUUUGGACUGGCCAGCUGGCAUUUUGUCCUUCUUUGAUAUCUCCUCUGACACUCCGCUUCACCUCCACACCUUUUUCUGCAGGUUCACUGAGCCCCUCUACCCUGCACUUUGGUUCUGGUUUACACUUGAAAUGUACAAGUGCUCAGCAGCUUUGUGUGACUAGCAAGAAUAGCAGUCACCAAAUGUAAACAACUACUCUGGCUUAAGUGCACACAGAACAACCUUUGUACACACUGUGAUCACCUGACCACAUAUUUUGAGACACGUCAGACUUUGAUGCAGAAAUAUUUUAUGUUUUUCUCUGAAAAAAGUGUUUGAUCACUAAGUCUCUGACCCUAAUGGUUAACACUGGAAUUUAGAGUAAGUAAGUGGAAGCAACCAUAGUCAGUCUCUACAUGAAUAAUGAUUCCAUCAUAAAUACCUGCUCAUUAUUAAGUUAGCCCAGGGAUUAAAGACCUGUUCUGCUCAUGUUCACUUCUAAAGUGUUUUUCUUGGACUCCAGCGUAGCUUUGUUCAGUUUAUUUAUCUUACAUGAGGACUUAUAUACUUGCCUCGUUUAUGAAUACUUCAGGACCUCAUAGAGCACAUUGUUAUAUUAAUUAACAUUACAUAGUUAUAUUUGCAAUGAUACAAUAAUGUGUUCUGUUAGAUAUAUUUCAUGUAUCUGCUGAUCAUUUGUAAUCUUUUGUUCUGGUCAUGAUUAAAUCUAAAUGCUUUUUAACAGAA